AUGAAAACUCAAUUAAAAUUGAAUAACUUUAGUGUUUCAAGUUCAAAAAACUUUUUAAAAUUAUCUAAUGUAGUUAAUAUUAAAGAAGGACAAAUACUUGAAGGGUUUAUGGUUGAACAAGUCACAUUGAUUAAAGAAAUGAAUCUUACAGCAAUUAAAUUAGGACAUCUAAAUAGCGGAGCCCAAUAUUUACAUAUUAGUCGAGAUGAUAGUAAUAAUGUAUUUUGUAUUGGAUUUCGAACAACUCCUAAGGAUUCUAGUGGAUUACCGCACAUUCUUGAACAUUUAACUCUAUGUGGAAGUGAAAGAUUUCCAUGUAGAGAUCCAUUUUUUAAAAUAAAAAGAAAAUCUUUAGCAACCUUCAUGAAUGCUAUGACUGCACCUGAUUAUACUAUAUAUCCAUUUUCAACACAAAAUUUGCAAGACUUUAAAAAUUUACAAUCUGUUUAUUUAGAUAGUGUAUUUAAACCCAAACUUCGUGAAAUAGAUUUUUAUCAAGAAGGCUGGAGAAUGGAACAUACUGAUCCCAAUGAUAAAAAAACUCCUAUUAUAUUUAAAGGCAUUGUUUAUAAUGAAAUGAAAGGAGUUUUUAAUAAUAAUCAAAAUAUAUUUGUAGUAAGAUUGUUAAAUUUAAUUUUACCUAGUCAUACAUAUGGUAUAAUCUCCGGAGGUGAUCCUUUACAUAUUCCUAAUUUGAAAUAUCAAGAUUUGAUUGAUUUUCAUUCCAGAUAUUAUCAUCCAUCCAAUGCUCGUUUUUAUUCAUAUGGUAAUUUUCCAUUAGAAGAUCACUUAAAAUUUAUUAAUGAUAGAUAUUUAUUUUUAUCUAAUAAAAUUAAUACAUCGACAACUAAAGUUCCAUCUGAAAUUCGUUGGACUACACCAAAAAAAGAACAUAUUUCAUGUAGACCAGAUCCAUUGAUAGCUAAUCCUAAUCGACAAAAUUCAAUAGCUAUAGCUAGUCUUUGUACUGAUAUUAAUGAUAUUCAAGAGACAUUUAAUAUUUAUAUUUUAUCACAGCUAUUAUUGGAUGGGCCUAAUUCAGCCUUUUAUAAAAGUUUUAUAGAUUCUAAUAUUAGUACUGGUUUUGGUCCCAUGACAGGAUAUGAAUCUCAAUGUAAAGAUACAGUAUUCAUUUUAAGUUUACAAGGAGUUCAAAAAAAAGAUUUUGAAAAAAUUGAACAAAUUUAUAAAGAAACUUUAAUUAAAGUUAUAGAAGAUGAUUUUAAUGAAGAACAUAUCGAUACAGUUAUUCAUGGUAUUGAAUUACAAAUAAAACAUCAAACAUCUAAUUUUGGAUUAAAUUUACUUUUUAACUUAUCACCUUUAUGGAAUCAUGAUGGUGAUAUCAUUAAGUCGUUAAAAAUCAAUGAAGCAAUAUCAAAUUUUAAAGAAAUAAUUAAAAAAGAUCCUAAAUAUUUAACAUUUCUUGUUAAGAAAUAUUUAUUGCAAAACAAUCACAAACUUACAUUAACAAUGUCUCCAUGUCACGAUUUUGAAAAACAAUUUAUUGAAGCUGAAAAGAAUUUAUUAGAAUUAAAAUUAAAAAAUUUGAUACCUGAGCAGUUAGAUGAAAUUUAUGAGAAAGGACAAAUUUUGUUUUCUGAACAACAAAAAGAAGAAGAUAUUAAUAUUCUACCAAGUCUAAAAAUCAAAGACCUAAAAACAGAUGUUGAUAGAUAUGAAAUAAGUGAUAUAGAAGUCUCUAAUGUUCCUGUUCAAUUGUCAAUACAACCAACAAAUGGAGUUUGCUAUUAUUAUGGAAUCUUAAAUACAAGCCAACUUGCAGAUGAUUUAAAACAUUUAUUACCAAUUUUUAAUGAUGUUAUAAUUAAAAUGGGUACCGAAAAAUAUGAUUAUAGAACAUGGAACAGGAUGGUUCAAUUAAAAACCGGUGGAUUGUAUUUUUCUAACCAUAUAGUUGAAAAUAAAAAUAAUGCAUAUACAUAUGAAGAAGGAAUCUUUAUACAUUCUUACUGUCUUAAUCAAAAUGUAAAGGAAAUGUGGAAUUUAUGGGAAGAAUUAUUUAAUCAAUUCAAAUUGACAGAUCUACAAAGGUUUGAAACUUUAAUAAAAAUAAGUGCAGCUAAAUUAACUAAUGGUAUUGCAGAAGCAGGUCAUUUAUAUGCUAUGAGUUCUGCUGCCAGUUUAGUAUCACCUGUAGCACGAUUAAAAGAAAAGGUAUCAGGCUUGGAAUUUAUUAAUAGAAUGAAAUUAAUUGCUCAAUCAAAGGAUAUGUCAUUAUUACUUGAACAAUUACAGCAAAUUGGUAAACAAGUUUUAAAAAAAUCACAUUUAAGAUCAGCUAUUAAUUUAACAAAAGAAUCAAAACAUGAUAUUUUAAGUAGUAUGGAAUCUUUCUAUGGAGUUUUAAAAGGUUAUCCUAUAGAGAAAGAUAUAAUUUUUACAACAUCCAACCCUAUUAAAUUAAAUAAUGCUGCUGUACAUCAUAUUCUACCUUAUGCAGUAAAUUAUGCAUCAAAAGCAAUUUUAACUGUUCCAUACUGCCACCCUGAGCAUGUACCAUUACAAGUACUUUCUAAAUUAAUUUCAUCAAUUUAUUUGCAUUCAGAAAUCAGAGAAAAAGGAGGAGCAUAUGGAGGAGGUGCUAAACUAGCAUCAGAUGGUUCCUUUAUGUAUUAUUCAUAUAGAGAUCCCAAUUCAACACGUACUUUUGAUAUAUUUGAUAAAACAUGGGAAUUUCUAUCUAAGCAUAAUAUAACUGAGAAUGAAAUUGUAGAAGCUAAACUAGAAAUGUUUCAGACAAUUGAUGCACCAAUUGCACCUGGCAGUCGUGGACUAGCCAAAUUCAAAUAUGGAUUAACAGAUGAUGACGUUCAACAUCAUAGACAGCAGAUAAAGAAUGUAUCAAAAGAACAACUUAUGGAUGUAGCUGAAAAAUACUUAAGUCCAAAUAUAAAAAAUCUUAAAAUUGGCAGAGCAUUUAUUGGUUCUCACAAUUCUGAUUUAAAAUCAAGAAAUGAUGAAAAUUGGAUAACAUUGAAUCAUGAACAAAUUGAAGCUCAAGCAAUAAAUAUUUCAUAAAAAAAUUAAAAACUAAAAUUUUUAAGUUGUACAGAUAA